GCCACCCUUAUGAAAGGCCUAACGUUUGUGUCAUAUAAUCAUUAUAACUAUGAUAAUAUAUGGCAUGGUUUGUCCGCCGUAUUUCCGUUUGUAGCUGGCACAUGAAAAAUGGGUGCAAAUUGCCUUCUAGAUGGGUCUUGUACCAUUGGGGUGAACUUAGGGCUAAGAUGGGUCUUUGGCUAAGGUUGGUGUUGCAAGCCACUUUUGAUGGGCCAAUCAAUAUCGAAGUGUUUCACGGGGUAGAAGACGAGCAACCGGUAUGCUUCGAAGAGGCGGUGGUAAUGAGGCAUAACGAGGGAGGGAUGUCAAGGCAAAGAAGGAUGGAGACAUAUGAUCUAAUAAGGUGCAAAGCAAGGAUGUUUUGUAAUAUAAGCCUUGAUCGUAGGCCAGAAGAAAUUGGGAUGACUCUAUUUAUGAGGACUGGGGCUAGAUCUUUCACAAAUGAUGCGGCUGUUAUUGACCUCUUUAAAACUGAAUGUGACAAGUUUACCCAUUGCCAAUUAUUCAUAGCUUACUCUAAUAAUCUCACCUUUUGUCAACAGGUUGAAUUGAUGAGCAUAACAGAUAUUUUGGUAUCAACUCAUGGAGCCCAAUUAACCAACAUGUUCCUAAUGGACAGGAAUAGUAGUGUCAUGGAGUUUUUUCCUAAGGGUUGGCUAAAGUUAGCCGGUGUAGGCCAAUAUGUCUAUCACUGGAUUGCAAGCUGGUCCGGUAUGAAACAUCAAGGUGCGUACCGUGACCCUAACGGUGAGCCAUGUCCCUACCCCGAGGACGAUCGUCGAUGUAUGUCCAUUUUUAAGGGUGGUAAAAUCAGUCUUAAUGAUACUUAUUGUUUGGGUCCAAUUUAG